AGUCGACUCGACUGUCGAGUGUCGACCAGACACGAGAACGAACGUAGUAAAAACAACGUCAGUCUCUAUUUCAUGAUUAGCGUGAAGCUUAAUUUGUCCUUAUUUCGGGAUUAGUGUGAAGUAUUGUCCUUAUUUCAUGAUUAAUGAGAAGCUUUGUCCUUAUUUCAUUAUUACCGUAACGCUUUGUUUGUUGUCGCUGGUGAACUGGAGUGCAGAGCACAAUGGCGCCGUCAAGCAUCUAAUACUGGAACCUUCAACUAGACUGGAUUUCACGGAAUGCGAGACGGAUGGCUGCACUGAAAAGUCACGUGUGAGCGAUCAGCAUUGCCUUAACAGGCUUAUGUAGUACUACGUAUUUGGCCCAGUCUGACAACUCAAUAUCUUGCAUCUCGUUGCAAGAUCCCUACUCUGUAUUAUCAAAAGCAUCUUGGAAAGUGCUUUGAAAGACAGUGACUUUUCAUAGGACAAAAAUCUGCUUAUGCCAGUGACGUUGCAUCCUAUGCAGAUAUGGUUGUACAAGUGUAGCCUAUAUAUAUAUUAGUGUGGAUAUAGCAUGGCUUCAUCAGCAGUAAUUGUGUCUCCAGAAGCGCUGAGAAAUUUCAGACAUCGCUACAUCGUGACACAUUGGGGAAGGAAGGUUUUGUUUAUGGUAUUACAUAAUAGUUUUCUACACGGACAAACCAAGACAAUCCGUGAGAUUCUCGAUGAUAAGAAACUAUUAACUGGGAAAUCUUUCGGUAUCGAGGACAGAAAAAAUCUCAAUAAAUUGCCAGAGGACUUUGACAUCACGCUGCUGUAUAAAAUCUGCGUGCAGCUUUGGCAGCGUGGAGUUAAUGACCCCGGCGAUGAACUGAGAAAAUUAGUGAAAAUAAUCAAAGAUGAGAGGAACUUUGUUAACCAUGACAUGUCUGUUAAGUCAAAUAAAGAUUUAGAAAAUAAAUUCGAAGAAUUUCGAUUAACACUCGAGGCAACUCUUGAUAAAACCAAGACUCGCUUUAAUGUUCAGCAUAAUAAAAUUGAUCAACUCAAAGACGAGAUCCGGUAUGCUUUUCCAAAGCUGCUGAGAAAGAUCCGUGAGAAAUAUGAUCCCUCAGACUCAAAGGAAGUGCAAGAGUUUAAGAAGGAAAUAGCAGAGUAUCCUGCCCUAGUAAAAGAGGACUCUCAAAAAGAAUUAUGUUCUUUUCAUAAAAGCCGCUGUAAGAUUUCCCCCUUUGACUGGCUACCUCAGUAUUCUGUUGAAGACUCGUGCAAUAUCAUUAUUCCCUUACGAGUGGAGGAUGAUAAGCAGUUAAUUGUAAAUCAGCAAGAAAUCUUCGACAUAAAUAAAAUGGGAGCUGACCCUGAAGUUUUGAUUAUAUCUGGGGAUGCAGGUUCUGGAAAGACCACAAUUCUUUGUUUCUUUGUAGAGAAUUGGUAUAAGAACACAAGUGUUAUACCACAAUUCUCUUCCUUCGAAACUCUGCUCUUUAUGCAGUUCAAGGAUCAGACAUAUGACAACUUUGAAGCCUACCUUAAAGGAUUGCUGCCACGGACUGUAGCUUGUUAUGAUUACCCUCCUGUGCAAUCACAUAUCCUUGGUUCAAAAUGCCUAAUCUUUUGUGAUGGGUACGACGAGGCUAAUGUGAGUUCCAAGAAACUUUUUGAAGAAAUGUUAACACUGAAGUUGAAUGCUAAAAAGAUUGUCGUGACAACACGUUCAUGGAAGACUGAGGAACUGACAAAUGUUGUGGACUCCAAAAAGUGUAGCAAAGUCAACCUCAAAGUUUUAGGUCUUCAGGAAAAGGAUUUCGACUUGCUCACAGAAAAACUCAUCGACUGCCGGGUGGAAAGUACUACCAAACGGAUAAAACUCAAAAAAGGGCUGUCUCAGAAAAUUAGAGAAAUGGACAACAUGAUUAAAGAAAGCCUGAAAUCACCUCUGCUUUUUAAGAUGUUUAUUCUUUUUUACGUUGAUCGCCCGUGUUUAAGGAAUCAACUAAGCCCCUGGGAAACACUUUACCCACUGUUGAAAAAGAACGUGGACGAGAGAAUCUUAAUCAAAACACGAAUCUCUAGAGACGACCUGGAGGAAUUUAAUAAAUUGUACGCUGCGUCACCAGGGAAAGACAAGAAAAACUUGCAAGAGGAGAUUUCUUCUCAAGCGGUAAAGCAACACUAUGAUGCCAUCAUAUCAUCAUAUUCCAUCCUAGAGCAGGCGUGAUCCUCUCCAAAUUGCCAACUUAUUCUGCUAAAGCCACAGAAGUGAGCAGGAAUUUGCAAUUGCUAGCAAUCUCUGCGAUGACAUAUCAAAUCGAAGGCAUUAAGGAGAAAACAUUCUUCUAGAUGUGCUGCAGUCUAAAGCAUUAACCGAUACUUCAGUGUCAGAUAACAGAACUCUGUUUAAGGAAUUGGGAGUAGUCAUUUCCUUCGUACCAGAAAUACCCUAAUAAUGAUGCAUUAUACAAUCAAGUCAAAUGCUUUCAAAAACUCUUCAUGUAUCAUAAAGCCUCUCUCAGCAAAAGCAUGAUGAGCUUUUGGAACCUUGCAUUGAAACUAGAGUGGAUGAUCGAGGUUUGCAGUCACAUGGGCAGCUGCUGUAAGAAACGCCUCUGACGGAGUGUUUAAAUUGGGAAAAGGCAGGUCAUCUUUUAGUAUCACCAUCCGUCGUAUCGUCUCAGCUGAAGCCCAAAUGGGUUGAACUUGAAGGGGUGCCAAAAGAUCGAGUCAAGAAUCUCGGCAGCAUUUUCAGGAGAGGUCUCGCAUCCAGUGGAGAAGUUAGGCAUUAACAUUUCCAAAUUUGGAGAAAAAGACGAUAACUUGAGAGCUGUUAUCCAGUCCCUUAUGAGGUUAGCAAAGGAGCUGAAGAUGCUUUGCCAUUUGGAAGAACUUGAGGCUGAACGUAGCCUACUGCCCAAAUCGUGAACAGGACACGUCCAAAAGUCCAGCCAGCAAGGAGACGUCUCUCACGCUCUCAUUUUUAUCAUCACGAGGUCAGAAACCCCAAGACAUCUAAGCAAGCAGAUCAGAUAUGGCAAUGGUGCCUCAAGAACCCUCAAAGCAAUCCUGGGCAGGAAGUGAUGCCCACUCUAUGCGCCAAGGCUAGAAGUGAUGCCCGCUCUACCCACUAGACUACCAUUUCUUGACAGUAGUGUCCACAUCAUUCCACUGGCCUGUCUACUGAUGUCUUUUAGGACAUGUGAACCUUUUCCUGUCUACUUUUUAGGACAUGUGGCCUGUUAUCAUGUAAACCAUUUUUUCAUUGCCGGAGAAGUGGCAGAGGAGAUGUAGAAGACACUGGGAACACCCAACAAAUAUAAAUGGCUGUCUACCAUAGUGUCUUGGUGGACAACCUAACAACAUGUAUUACAACCAUGUACUACUUCUUAGAUUCUUCGGUGGCAAUUUACAAGUGAGUCCAUGUCCUUUUUACCUAGAUGUUUUCUCUACAGGAACUAUAUAAGCUCAGGGAGAUUUAUACACAUUAUUAUACAAGCUAUAUAUGAUAUCAUUGGCCUUGUUGAUAGAGUAAAAACUGCUUAGCAAUAAGAAACUUAUAUACCUAAGCCUGUUUGUAUAUAUACCUAGAUUUCAAGUUACUGUAUGUUCUUUUUUUUUUUUUUUUUUUGCAAAAUGUAUAGUUUUAUUUGUAAAGAUCAUGCAGUCACACGAACCUAUAGAUACAUCCUCUAUAACAGCUUGCAGACAUGCUUAUAUUUUCCAUUAUACCA